AUGACUUUUAUACAAGAUACUUUUAUUAUGAUUGUAAGCCAGGUUUUCUUUUUUGUGGGAGGCUGGAUUUUUUUUGUAAAAAAAUUAUUUAAAGACUAUGAAGUCCAUCAUCAUUUAGUACAACUACUUUUUUCAAUUACAUUUUCUUUAUCUUGCACCAUGUUUGAACUUAUUAUAUUUGAAAUACUUGGGUAUUUAGAUUCCAGUUCUAGGUAUUUCCAUUGGAACUUAGGUCUAUACAUUAUGUUGUUUAUGAUUGUUGUUCUUAUACCAUUUUACAUUGGCUACUUUAUUUUAAGUAGUAUGCAAAUAGUUAAAAAUCAGUUAUUUAAACUACUUACCUGCCUUGUCUGGUGCUUUUACAUUUAUUUAUUUUGGAAAUUGGGAGACCCAUUUCCAAUUUUAAGUCCUAAACAAGGCAUAUUCUCCAUUGAACAGGGUAUAAGUAGAAUUGGUGUUAUCGGAGUUACUGUCAUGGCCUUAUUGUCAGGAUUUGGAGCUGUUAAUUACCCUUAUACUUCAAUGGCUUAUUUUAUUAGGCCGGUAUCUGUGUCAGAUAUGGUGGCAACAGAAAAAAGAUUGCUACAAACGAUAGACAUGAUUCUUGUCAAAAAGAAAAGGAUCGCCUUAAUUAAAAAGGGUAAUAAAUUAAAAAACAAGCAACUAGAAGAUAGCAGAAGUGGUUGGUGGGGAAUGUUGAAAACCGUUACAGCCGUUGGUCGUAAUUCGGGAGAAAAUAUUUCUCAGCUUAAGUUCGAAAUCACUGGUUUGGAGGAAUUAAGUCGACAAUUAUUUUUAGAAGCCCACGACAUUCGUAACAUGUACGAAAAAUCCAGUUGGGCUAAAACAUGGAAGGGAAAAUAUUUCAACGUUUUAGGUUACAUUUUUUCAUUUUACUGUAUAUGGAAAAUAUUUAUGUGUACUAUUAAUAUAAUAUUUGAUAGAGUUGGAAAAAAAGAUCCAGUUACGAGAGGAAUUGAAAUAGCUGUGCAUUGGAUGGGAUUUGAAAUAGAUGUUUCUUUUUGGUCUCAACAUGUUUCAUUUCUUUUAGUGGGAUGCAUGAUGGUCACUUCAAUUAGGGGUUUAUUACUCACUCUAACAAAGUUUUUUUAUGCCAUAUCCAGCAGCAAAUCAUCUAAUGUGAUAGUUUUAAUACUUGCCCAAAUCAUGGGAAUGUAUUUCGUAUCAUCAGUUCUUUUAAUGAGAAUGAGUGUACCUCCUGAAUAUCGAGUAAUUAUAACAGAAGUAUUAGGAGAUCUCCAAUUUAGUUUUUAUCACAGGUGGUUCGAUGUAAUUUUUCUCGUUUCUGCAUUGUCAUCUAUUUUAUUUUUGUAUCUGGCUCAUAAAAGAGGUUCGAAUUGA